CCUCUUCCAUUGAUGUUCUCAAGAACAAGCCUAUAACUAGCAUGCUUGGAUGUCCAGAAACAGAGAAGGAUUUAGCGAGUACCACGAGAUCGUGAAGAAGGUAAAGAAAGAUCCAUCCUUCGAAAAGACGACGGAUCAUGCUGUGAUGGGAAUCAGGAGACAUGUGGCGGUGCCUCCAGGGACAACUUUGAACACCGUGACUCCUUGCGCCGCUUGUAAGCUACUACGCCGUCGUUGCGCGGAAGAGUGUCCUUUCUCGCCGUACUUCUCCCCUCACGAACCUCACAAGUUUGCCGCCGUUCAUAAAGUCUUCGGUGCCAGUAACGUCUCCAAGAUGCUUUUGGAAGUGGGAGAAAGUCAGAGAGGAGACGCAGCAAACAGUUUAGUCUACGAAGCGAACUUAAGACUGAGAGAUCCAAUCUACGGUUGCAUGGGCGCAAUCUCUGCUCUUCAACACCACAUUCAAUCUCUCCAAUCCGAACUCACCGCCGUCCGUACAGACAUUCUCCGCCACAAAUACCGGGAAGCCGCCACAAUCACUUCCCUUCAAAACAACAACUUCAACAAUAAUACAACAUCAGUGUCCGAUCAUGCUGCUCUUGCAGCCUCCAUUCUCCUCCCACCACCACCGCCACCUCCUCCUCCCCCACGACCACCAAGGUUAUUGUCCUCUCAGCCGGCUCCACCGCCUACGCCACCGGCUUCUUUACCGUCUCCGUCAUUGGUGGUAUCGUCUUCUUCAUCAUCUAAUUCAUCUGCUACAAAUUCUAUAUAUAAUCCUCCUCCAUCUUCGGCAGCUGGAUACAGUAAUUCUAUGUCAAGUGAUAAUAAUGUUCAUUACUUCGAUUAAAUCAGAAUUAUCUCCUUAAUUCUGCUUUCUUUCAUAUAAUGCUAUUGUUAUACCCCUUGUAAGGUAGACGUUUGAAUGUUUUGUUUAUUUGUUUUUUUUUCAUGUAGAUUAAUAAUUACAUUACUUUACAUUCAGUUUUGUUUUCAUGG